AUGAUCUCUCAGAAAUCGAAAAAGUCUGUGACGGUAGACCUUAAAGCUUCAAAUAAAGUGACUAAGCCCUCCAGCGCUAAGAGGUCUAAGGAUGGAUCAUCCCUGCCCAGGCCAGUGACUAGAAAAAUUGAUUCAGCCCCAGCUUCUGAUUCAGCACCAGCUUCAAAUGACCGUAUGGUCCGCUUGGUCACAGCAUGUAUGAGAUGCCGCAAGAAGAAAAUCAAAUGUGACCGCAAGUUGCCUCAAUGUACCACAUGUGACAAGAUUGGGGCUGAUUGUGUCCUAUGGGACCCUCGCACAGGUGAGACUGUGAAAAGAAUGACAAUCCACACGAUGGAGACCCAGUUGAAGGAAAUGACUGACGAAUUAAAUAGACUAAGGAAAGAGAGAGAGGAAUUUGAGCUGAGCCAACACAUCAAUCAAUUCAAGUUUGGUAAAGUAUUGCUUAUGAAGGACUCAGAAAUCCAAGAGGCCUACACCAACAAUACAGCAGUAGUGGAGAUUCCAACUCGAAAGUUUGUGGAAAAUUGUCUCCAUUCCUAUUUCAACCUGACCAACAUUCAAAUCCCCAUUCUACAUCGUGAUUUCUAUCUAUUUAAGUACUUCAAGCCUCUUUACGGAAUUAUCGGAACUGAUUUAUGGCUGAAUAUCUUUGGUGAAGAAUUUAUCGCCUCCCAAUGCGAUGAAAAGCAUUUUUUGGACGAGAAACUUGACAAGAUGCACAAAGGAAAGUGCCUUUUUUUUCUUUAUAUCAUUAUUGCUAUUCUGACAUCGCAACAUCAACAGAAGUAUCCGUUGAUGAUUUCAAAUCACUACAAGAAACAAGCUUUCAACUACAUUGACUAUGUCUGGAAUGCUGCGGAAGGAAGCGAUGACGAAUUAAGCAAACUUGAAAUGCUUCAGUCCCUACUUUUGCUAACACAGUAUUCCCUCAUGCGCCCAUGUACUCCUGGAGCAUGGUACUUGAUUGGUACUUGCGUGAGGUUGUGCCAGGAUUUGGGACUUCACAACGAAACUAUUUAUUUGCAUAGCGAUGACUAUUACAUUGUCGAUAUGAAACGACGCCUCUUUUGGUGUUGCUACUCGCUCGAUCGACAGAUUUCCAUCUAUUUUGGACGUCAGUUUGGCAUUGAUAGCCGACAAAUCGACUGCCCAUUGCCAUCGACUAGAGACGAUCUGGUGAUCAGUUAUGGGGCUUCAAGCAACUACAAUGUUAGUGCCUGGCUAGCUCACGAGCCACAAACAAAGUUUAUGUCUAUUCAUUUCAUCAAUCUUCGUGUUUUACAAGGAGAUAUAUACGAUUUCAUCAACGAUGUUUCCCACCGAAUUCAGAAACCCAAAUUUAGAGGGUUUGUGGAUUCUAAUUAUGAAGCAAAAGUCAGACAAAUCGACGAAUGGAAAUCUCAGAAGCAUUCUGCAUUAUUUGACUGGUUCAACAGUGCUCCUUCUUCGAAUCUGGAACGCUUCGAAUUUAACCAGAUGAUCUGCAAGCUCAAUUUGAGUCAAACAUUGAUUCAGCUCUAUGGAUUGAGCGCGGUCACGCCCAUCAUAACUGACGAACAUCACCAACAGAUUCUCUACGAUUCAGGCCGCGAGAUAAUCCAGACUUACGUAAAGCUUGUGGAGCAAAAAAUGAUCAACUUCUCCUGGGUUGCCAUCAACAAUCUAUACAUGGGUGCAACAGCACAUUUGUCACUGAUCACGCAAUGUGACCGCAUUCGGGCGCAGGUGGAUUUGGAUGACCUCAAGAAUGAUUGUGAUGGAGUGAUCUUGGUGUUUAAUGAGCUAUGUAAGAUCUGCUACGAACCAGCUAAGGAAUACACCAACAAAUUCAAAGCUCAUAGUGCGCAGGUUCUUGAGCAAUGUGCCCGGGAGAGAAACAAGAAUCGAUACGCUCCGCCAAAGAACAACAUCUCAUCCAACAUCUUCAGUAGUGUUGGAGGUAGCAACAUAACUCCAGCUACGUUCGUUGCUCCUCUUCCCCAGCGAACUGUUAGCAUGUUCAUGAGUACGGAUGAGAAAACACACGAAGAUAAGGGUUACAGCAGCGAUAAGAAUUAUGGAAGCAGAGACCAUUACGACAUGCCAGAAACAUUGGAGCUGAAAUUAGUCAUGGAUUUCAAUGACCAAUUCUUGGACAAUGAAAUGUUUUUGAAUACCAUGAUGGGAAGUGUCAACGCAACAACCCACGAAGUCUUUUUAGAUGCAGAUUCCGAAGAAGGCUUCCUACUUGAUCCAGACUUCCUGUGA